AUGGGUUGGGGUUUUAAUACGUGUGGCCCGAAUGAGGCUAUGGUUGUCUCUGGUUGCUUUCAUAAAAGUCCCUUACUAGUUCCUGGUGGACGAGUAUUUGUCUGGCCAGGAAUUCAAAGAGUGGAAAGGAUGCCAUUGAAUACAAUGACAUUAAUCAUCGAAAGCCCUCGAAUCUACACUCAGCUUGGUGUUCCUAUCACAGUAACUGGUGUUGCACAAGUAAAAAUUAAUGGAAGUAACCAAGAAAUGUUAGCGGCUGCAUGUGAACAAUUUCUUGGCAAAUCAGAAAAUGAAAUACGUGAAAUAGCUCAAGAAACACUUGAAGGUCAUCAACGUGCUAUUAUGGGCAAUAUGACAGUUGAAGAAAUAUACAAAGAUAGAAAAAAAUUUUCAAAAGCUGUUUUUGAAGUAGCCAGUUCGGAUUUGGUGAAUAUGGGAAUUAGUGUAGUUAGUUAUACACUAAAAGAUAUAAAAGAUGAUGAGGGUUAUUUACGUUCACUUGGUUUAGCAAGAACAGCACAAGUUAAAUGUGAUGCACGUAUCGGUGAAGCCGAGGCAAGACGUGAUGCUGGUAUUCGAGAAGCAGAAGCUGAAAAACAACGUGUUGCCGGUAAACUAUUAAAUGAUAUUGAAAUUUCUAAAUCAAAACGUGAUUUUGAAUUACAAAAUGCCGCUUACGAGAAAGAAGUACAAUCACGUAAAGCGGAAUCGGAAUUAGCCUAUGAAUUACAGGCAGCUAAAGUUAAACAACAAAUUAAGGAGGAAGAAAUGCAAAUCACCGUUCUUGAGAAAACUCAACAAAUCCAAGUGGAGGAAUUAGAAAUUGUACGACAAGAACGUCAUUUAGAUGCGACGGUACGGAAACCAGCUGAAGCUGAACGUUUUCGUUUGGAACGUCUCGCUGAAGCUGACCGGCUACGUUUAACUGCCGAGGCGGAAGCAGAAGCUGAGGCUAUUCGGUUACGUGGUCUUGCUGAGGCGGAAGCAUUAAAAGCUAUAGCACACGCUGAGGCAGAACAAAUGGCAAAGAAAGCUGAAGCAUGGAAAAAUUAUCAGAAUGUUGCUAAAUUAGACAUGGUAUUACAAUCAUUACCAAAAAUUGCUGCCGAGAUUAGUUCACCAUUAACUAAAUGUGAUAAAGUCACUAUGAUUUGUACAGGUGAAGGGGAUAUUGGUGUUUCAAAAUUAACUGGUGAAUUAUUUACAAUUAUGAAUAGUUUACCAAAUUUAAUACAUACAAUGACUGGUUUAGAUAUUUAUAAAAAUAUUAAAACGAUUUAA